AUGCGCCUUACUGCUGCUAUUGUUGUGCUCGCCGCCGGUGCCAUCGCUAGAGCUCAACUAUCCAAUAUCCCUCAAUGCUCUGUACGCCCUGUCCGCUCAAUGUCUCUGCUCAGUGUCUUGUUUCUAACUAACCCGUGCUUGUUUCUUCUUUCUCUCCAGCUUACCUGUUUCACUUCGACCCUUGCCGGGGACGGCUGCUCUGAGCUUACGGAUUUUGCGUGCCAUUGCCAAAAGCCUGGCCUCGCAGCGGAGAUUGUGCCCUGCAUCAAUAAAGCCUGUGAUAUCACGGACCGACAAGCCGUAUCCAGCGUCGUUGAAUCCUUGUGUUCCGGUGUUGGCCAUCCGAUCUCUAUCCCCGCGGUGGACACAUCGGUUCCCACAACGACUGCCGCAGGAGGCAUCCCAACCACAGCGAGGAGCUCCAAUUCUACCACGGUCGGUGGUUUCGGCUCAAGCUUCAAGACUUCGUCCACGAUCAACGCAGCUUCGCCCCAGAGCACCUCCCAGUUCAACGGUGCCUCUGGUAUUGCACCCGGAACAGUUCAGAUGGUUGGUAGUGCUAUCCUGUUAGCCAGCAUGAUCUUCUUUGUUUGA